AUGUCCCUACUCAUCCAUUCCUCGGAAGCGUUCUUUGUCCCCAAAAUUGUGCACAACCGUAAACCUAAACCCAGCAAUCUUUACUACUUUAAACCCCUCACAAAGGGCAAGACAAUUGGGUUAAAAGUGAGUUGCAAAGUUAAGGAUUAUGGGGUUUUGGGUUUGGAUCAGAAUUUAAGUUCGUACGGUCAUUUUUCGGUGAGCAAAGAAGAAGAAGAAAAGCAAGAAUAUUACGUGAAUUUGGGGUAUGCUCUUCGGUCUCUGAGGGAGGACUUCCCUUCCCUCUUCCACAGAGAACUCUCCUUCGACAUCUACAGGGAUGAUAUUGUGUUCAAAGAUCCUUUGAACACGUUCGUUGGCAUUGAGAGUUACAAAUCAAUCUUCUGGGCUCUACGGUUUCAUGGCAGGAUGUUUUUCAAGGCUUUGUGGAUUGACUUAGCCAGCAUGUGGCAGCCUGCUGAGAAUGUCAUUAUGGUUCGGUGGACUGUUCAUGGAAUUUCACGAGGACCAUGGGAGAGCCGUGGGAGGUUUGAUGGAACCUCUGAGUAUAAACUCGACAAGAAUGGCAAGAUUUUCCAACACCGUGUUGACAAUGUUGCUCACAUCACAUUUCCUAAAUUUAAAGUGCUGCGUGUGGAAGAAUUUCUUCAGUCUAUUGGCUGCCCCUCUACUCCAAGACCAACUUAUUUUGAAACAUCCUCGUUUACAAAAGAAAACUUGCUGUCUUGUUGCUCAAGUUCUUCCAGACAGUUUUGCAGUUGUUAG